GCAGUGUCAACAUGGACGCGGUAUUAGGAAAAACACAAUGCACUAUACAUUUUGUUAAUAACCAUAUCUAUUUGAAAAUGAAUUCGAACACUGCUCUGUUUCCGAAAACUCUUCACGGGUGCUUCAAGCAAACAUCGAUUUCUAAAAGUGAUUUCAUUCACUAAGAGAAAUAUGAACUCUGCAGUAAAUUUAGCUAUGACGAGAGUGACGUCUUUGAUGGAAACACGUACCGAAAUUUCCCCAAACUUGGUAAAUAUUCCUGAAAACCUUUAGCUGUGCAAAUAAGAUUUGUCAUCCAAAAUGUGUGAAAGGAAGCCACUAGUGUGCAAUGUACUUUAUACCCGACGUUUUAACACUAGCAUUUGGCGUAUAAGUACACUUUGACGAGGAAGUAUUCGAAAAUCCUCAAAAUAGUGUCAAUCACAACUGACAUUUUGCAGAUAUUAUGUUGGGUUACAAUUAUAAGUAAAAUAUCUAGGACAAAUAUUUUAGAGUCAAGCUGUUCACCGAAAACCGCAGAUCGUGAAUUACCUCGACUGUUACGGUCAGUUUCGUUCAAGAUCGAAAUUGUUGAAACUGUUGAAGGAAAGGUUACUAAUAAUAAGCAUCUAAAACGUACAAAAUGUCUAUCAAUACGAGCAACUUAGCAGAACUCACUGAAUUUGGCGACGAUUCAGAUGAUGUGAACUUACACAUAGAUGGUUCUUGCAACAGAAAAGUCGAAGUGGUUUUUUGGGUCUUGUACUCUGCAGUAGGAAUCAUUAUUUUUAUUGGGAACAGUUUCACGUGCAUCGUUCUGCUGGUAUCGAAACGGUUGCGAAACAUCUUCAUGAAUAUCUUCCUUGUAAGCUUAUCGCUCUGGGAUGUACUGAUGGCGAUUUUUGUUGUUCCAUUUUACGCUAUACAUUGCAGCCAUGGCUGCGAGUAUUCCUUAACCGGAUAUUGUUGGAUUUUUAGGAAAGCAAAGGAUUGUGUUCUUCUCGCAACGACUUUUAAUAUAUGUGCUAUCACGUACGAUCGUUAUCUGGCGGUGGUUCGACCACUUCAUUAUGGCGCGAAAAUGACAAAGCGACGUGUCAUCAUGAUUUUGGCCGGAGUUUGGACGGCGCCCGUCGUCGUGGCAGGAAUAAGAAGCGCUUGGCACCAUUCCAAGAUAAACGAAGAAUUGCGCUACGCUAACAAACUUUACGACACCAUAUUAGUGAUUGUGUUCGUCAUCUUCGCUAUUCUUGUACUAAUGGUAGCUAAUGUGAAAAUUAUGAAGGCCAUUAAAACGCAAAACGAACGAGAACGAACCGAACAAGGGAGACGGGCAGUCUGGAGAGCGACUUAUGAAACAAGAAAACGAAGAAAAGGAACAAGAGCUUGUGUCUUAGUUGUCUUUAUGUUCGUAUUAUGUUGGCUUCCGAGAAUUGUUUACAAUCUUAGUUAUGUCGUCAAGCCACCGGGAUUAGCGAGUCCUUUGUUUCUAAGGCUGGCCUUCCUUUCUCUUUAUCUACAGUCUUCCGCUAAUCCAUUUAUUUACUCAUUUUAUAGAUCCGAGUUCAGAAGAGCCGCUUUUAAGCUUUUAAGCAGGCGGAACUCUACAAAUCUUAGAAUUCACCCUUCUGUUGAUUCAGUACAACACGUCCGAUCUCAAAACAUACAGGAUUUAACCCCAUCAACGGAUUAGUUCCAGCGAUCGUGGAUGUUUGGCGAAGGGCUAGCAGCCAAAUAAGUAAAUGUCACGUAAAAGUGUUGCUUCGACUGAAUUGUAUUAGCAAACAAAGUCUGGAAACAAUUGUGGAUACAGUUUCUAUUAAAUUGGAGCCAAAGGCUUUUCAGUAAAGGCUAAUUUGCAUUCACUGCUUGACAUCAUGACAAAUACUGUUGAAACUGAUUACAAUUCGUCUCUAUUUGAUCGUUUAGAGUAAAAAGAAACAAGAAAACAGAAAAGCUGAAAUACUGUAAAGAGACGCUUAAUUCAUUAGAAUAAGACGCCUUACCUAUCCGUACGUCGGGCUGAUACUUAAUGAAAAGCUUUUCCUUUUUGUCUCUGUCUUUUCCUGCCUUUUUUUUUCCUCUCUCGUAUUUAAAGCUGUGUGAGGUUGGCAAAAUCUUUACGAAAAUGAAUGCAUGCAUUAAGUAUUCACCAAUACAAACAGAUUUGCUGUCUUUGUUGAAUGAGUUGAUUCCUCCUUUUUAAAUUUGGGGUUUCAAGGUUUCAGGUUUCUAUGGUGGUUGCCCGUACUUUGAAAGAACUCUUGCAAUAUCUUUUAUCCCUCUCACGUUUUUUUGCGAUUUAAAAAGCGUGAUACCACCAUAAUAUCGCAUUUUUCAAAGGGUCUUUGUUUUAAAAGCCCAAAUCUAAGUCUGUUGCUUAAGAAUUUGGUGAAAACCGAAAAAAAUUAUCGUUACUUUCGGAGGAACAUAAUUUGGUGGUUUUUUACUCUCAAAACUCCAUAAAUAUUUCUGUAAAUAUUUACAUUGCGUGAAAACUAAAUACGAAAGUUGAUAUAUAUAAAUGAAAGACGAAAGGCAAACUGUAACCUACUAUUGAAUAUUUAUACCUUAUGGAGUAGAGUCCUUUCUUAUUCUUAGGGCUGGGAUUACUUCAUGAUAUUUCAAGGUGACGUCGUCCUCGAGGUUUCAGGUACGAUUACUUUCAGAAUGACGAAAAACUAAACGAAACGUUUUUUUUUAGAUCAAAGCUGUUUAAAACAACAUUAUUCAGGCAAUGUGAUAUGCGGUGACAGUAAUGUGUGCCAAUCACGUUAGUCCCGCAGCAGGUUAUGUCCAAUAAAAUAAAGUCUUUGGGUGUAGGCCAAUUUUCGCAGCAUGUAGCGGACAUAACGUAA